UUGCCCCUCUGUGAGGCUUGCGUUUGUUAACAAUUAUUGUCGCCAGCUAAAAAGAAUAGGAUAUCAAUCAUGCCACUGUACGAAAGUGUAAUGCAAGAGAAACCCCCAAUCGUCCUAGACAUUGGCAAUGCGUAUACCAAGCUCGGCUUUGCGGCGGAGUCUCAUCCACGGAAAAUAAUACCCACAGAAGUGGUGUUGACCACAACUGGGAAAACAAAGUUCCUCUUUGACUAUGCAACAACGGAGGAACUAUACGACCAAAUUGUUGACUUUCUGCAAACUAUUUUCUUCAAGCACCUGUUGGUCAGCCCAAAGGAGCGUAAAUUUGUAAUUGUGGAGAACAUAUUUGGCCAGACAAUUAUACGAGAGACCCUAGCCCGAGCACUCUUCAUACACUUCGAUGUCUCCUCGGUUCUUUUUGUGCCUGCCCAUUUAAUUGCUCUGUCCACGUUGGCUGUGCCAACGGGUCUGGUUGUGGACAUUGGAUACAGUGAGACAACAAUAAUGCCUGUGUUUAGUGGCGUCCAAAUUAUGUCUGCAUUCAAGGAUCAGAGCUACGGCAGCAGAGCAGUGGAAGAGGAGAUCAAACGGCAGUUGCUAGCAACGGGCGUCAAGGAGCAAUUGCUAACGCCCAGCGUCCUGGAGGAUAUUAAAGUGCGCACCUGCUUUGUGAAUAGCUUUGAGCGUGCCUACAAAGAGGAUAGGCAAGCGCCACCCAAUGUGGAAUAUGGCAUCUGUGAUGAUGAUGCUGUCAUUAGCAUUCCCGGCAGCUUGCGUGAAUCUGUUUACGAGCUGCUCUUCGAGCAGAACAAUGAACGGGACAGCUUGCCGCAUUUGAUAUUGCGCGCCAUACUCGAUUGCAGCAUGGAUGUACGUCGCGCCCUGGUGGAGAGCAUCUUUGUCAUUGGAGGUGGGGCCAUGGUGCCGGGUCUGCUGGCACGACUCAAGCAGGAGCUGCAGCACCUGCUGGCCAAUGAUGACUACUAUGCAACACGUUUCCAUGGCCAAUUGCAGUUCAAGUUCUAUCAAGCGAUUGGCAAACAGAAUUUCACAGCCUGGCUGGGCGGCUCCCUGUGCGGCGCCACAGAUCUCAUCCAAACGCGUUCGCUAACCAAGGACUCGUACCUAAGGAGCGAACAUGUGCCCGACUGGAGUAAUCUAUGCGACAAUCGGCAUGGUGGCUAAGGAUUAAAGGAACUCUCUCUCUCGAUAUACAUAUAUGCUAUAUAUACAAUCUAUGCACAC